AUGAAUUCAUCGUUUUCAUCCUUUGUUCGUGUUCUUUGUAUCGUCGGACUUGUUUCGCUUUUACAUUGUGCAUAUUCUGCAGCUCAAAUUUGUGAAUUACAGCUCAGAUUUUAUUUACGUAUAACGGAACAGCCAUUCACCCAUCUUCCAGCUGAUUUGAUCGUACAAACGUUGAUUAGUCUCAUUAUAAUCAUUUACGGUGCUUCAUACAUUACUGGUGAUUUUCAACCCAUCAGGUCUGAUAUUCAGAAUCGAACAAAAUCAUGGGAUACAAUGGGCAGUUGUCCUUCAUUCUACAUUUUCCAUCACCGAGCAAAAGCUGUUUCUCCAGGUUUCAACAUUAUCCGUCAACAGUAUUGCGAAGUUAAUUAUUUUUUAUUCAAAAUUAUUUCUUUUUAA